GAACACUUGCGCUCUCACAGACCUGUUGUUCAGAUGUUCGGCUGGUGGCACGAAAUAGUGGUGAGCGGUGACAGAAAUCGUGAUGAGUGACGAGUGCCGAGCAGUGGUGAUCGAGCGCGACGCUGGUGACUGAGAUGAACGAGUGAUGCUGACUGCAGAGCUUCGAGUUCAUCCAAGGUAGGUGAUAGUCGAUCCGUGAUAAUCUCCCUAAUCGCUAGCCGGUGUGCCGAGACUCGUGAUCAUGUCGGAAAGUCAAUCAGACAUGGAAGGAGCUUCGAAGCCGUACCGAAAGGGGAUAGAAGAUUGCACAUGAGCACAUUGUCGAGAUGGAAGCGCCGGCUUGCCGCCACCACUUGGAGGCUUGGAGUUCGAGCCGCUGAAAGACAAUGCGGGGCUCACAUGCAAAACUGUAAAAGAUGAUUGGUUGAAUUCUGCCACUGAUCAACUGCCAGAGAGCUCUGUCUCCGCCUUCCCCUUCCAGCUUCGCUGCUUUUUGUUCCUGUCGCAGUGCCCCGCCAUCAAAGUCAGCCCCGCAGUCCAAUUCCUAGGAGGGGCAGUCCAUUCAGGCGAACAUCCACGAUAACAACCUCGCGAUUAUCAUAUCAAACCCAACUUCGAUUUCUGUACCGGUCAGAACUCCCGAACUGUAAUGGCCGAGACCUCUGCUGCCAGCCGGCAUGUGACCUACUGUGGUGUGUGCACACUACCACCCGAGUACUGCGAAUACGGCGGAACAACCGCCAAAUGUCAGAAAUGGCUCGAAAAGUCCCACCCGGACCUCUACUCCAAGAUCUGGUCCCCCGAAGCCCUCUCCGCAGCCACCGCCUCCCUCUCCCUUGAAGCCCAGGAACGCGCCGCCAAAGACGCCAAAAAGAAGGCCGCGAAAGCCGAGGCCGCCGAACAGAAGCAGGCCGAAAAGCUCUCCAACAGCGUCGUCACUAUCAAGCGGAUCGAGCGCAACAAGCGCAAGUAUGUCACCUCUGUCUCUGGGCUGGAGGCUUUUGGGUUGGACUUGAAAAAGGUGUCCAAGGACUUUGGUAAGAAAUUCGCGACCGGCUCGUCCGUCACCAAAACCCCCUCGGGCGGUGAGGAAAUCGUAGUCCAGGGUGAUGUCAGUGAUGAAAUUGAGGAGUUCAUCCUCGAAAAGUACAAGGAUGUGCCCGAGGAUAACAUUGAGCUGGUAGAAGAUAAGAAGAAGAAGGGGGCUGCUGCUGGUUAAACAAGGAUAAACAUGGAGAGCGUGUUGGGUUCAGUUUCGUAGAUAAAUCUGGAAAGGAUGUUUCUUUUGUGCUUCAAGGAGCCAAAUAUUUGUUGGUGCUAUAAAAAAUAACAAAGACAUGCUAGAAAAACAAAACGCCACGUGCAAUGAUAAUGCCCACCAACCACCCGAUUCUCCCAAAGCCCUCAAAUAAUACCAAAAUACUAACACAACGUCAUCAGAACAGAACACGCCCCUUCAUAUCUCCCCUACACCUGCGCCCUCUUCCUCAACACCCGUCCCGCUGCACUCCCCGUCGUCCCAACCUUCCCUCCCGCCGCCGCAGCGGCAACGACCUUCUUCCCCGCGCUCGCCCCAACAGUCGCCGCCUUCUUCCCCCCUCCCAACCCGGAAAUACCACUCUUGCUCUUCGCGUGCCCACUUCCCCCAGCCAUCGCCUUCGUGAUCGGGGGCCUCUCCCCCGGGGCCGUCGCCGGCCGCUUCUUAAUCACCGUUCCCGUGCUCGCCUCGCUAGACUCCGAAGUGCCACUAACCCUUCGUUGUUGCUGCCCAGUCCGGUUGGCACCGGUUGUUCUUACCGCUUGCGGGGUAGGCGCAGCAGCUGUCAAGGCGCGUUUUCUCUUCACUGCGGAGGAAGAGGCUGUGGUGGAGGUGGACGAUGAAAAGUUCAUUUUUCUGACCGA